CUCUCCCUCUCUUUAAAUAUAUAUAUAUAUAUUAUAUAAAAAGCUUCAUCCCCCUGAUACACAUUCAUAUACUUGUAGCACAUGUUCAAGUUAACUUCUGCCACCUCUCUUUCUCUCUAUUUUUGUGUCUUUCUGAUCUUUACAGCCAUGCAGCAGCUUACUACUCUUUUAUCAUCUUUAUCAUCAAGUUCUGCUGCUGCUUAUUCCUUUUAUCAGUCUCAUCAAGAACUUGGGUUCGUGUUAAUAAUGGUGAUACUGCUCUUCUUGAUUCUUUUUCUCCUUCCUCUUUUUCUUCAAUGGCAUCAUUCCAAAGACAAACGUCUCCCUCCUGGCUCAAUGGGUUGGCCUUAUAUUGGAGAAACACUCAAGCUCUACACUGAGAAUCCCAAUUCUUUCUUUUCCAAUAGGCAAAAACGGUAUGGAGAUAUAUUUAAAACAUAUAUACUGGGAUGUCCAUGUGUGAUGAUUUCAAGUCCAGAAGCAGCAAGGAUUGUUCUAGUGACAAAAGCACAUUUGUUUAAGCCAACAUAUCCAAUAAGUAAAGAGAAAAUGAUAGGGCCUGAAGCUCUUUUCUUUCAGCAAGGUGCUUACCAUUCAAAGCUAAAGAAGUUGGUGCAAGCUUCCUUUUUGCCAUCUACUAUCAGAGGAUCUGUUUCACAGAUUGAGCAGAUUGUUUUGUCAUUUCUUCCUGCUUGGAAAAACUCUACUAUUAAUACCCUUCAAGAAAUGAAGAGGUAUGCUUUUGAUGUGGCAAUGACAUCUGUCUUUGGGGAGGAAAAAGAGUUGGAAAUGGAAGGAAUCAAACAUCUGUAUAGGUGUCUAGAGAAUGGCUAUAAUUCAAUGCCUUUGGAUUUACCUGGAACUCCCUUUCACAAAGCAAUGAAGGCAAGGGAGCAACUUAAUGAGAGAUUAAGGAGGUUGAUAGAGAAGAGAAGGAAAAGUGGGAAAGAAGAAGGAGGGUUGCUUGGUGUAUUAUUAGGAGCAAAAGAUGAGAAACACAAUCAUCUGAACGAUUCCCAAAUUGCUGACAAUAUAAUUGGAGUUAUUUUUGCUGCUCAUGAUACUACUGCAAGUGUCCUAACAUGGGUUCUCAAGUACUUGCAUGAUCAUAAAGAUCUAUUAGAAGCUGUUACGAGGGAACAGGAAGAAAUUAGACGUGAAAUAAUUGAGGCAAACCGUAGACUUACGUGGGAUGAUACCAAGCGCAUGCCACUGAGUAGCAGGGUAAUUCAAGAAACGCUGAGAAGAGCAAGUAUAUUAUCAUUUACAUUCAGAGAAGCAGUCCAAGAUGUAGAGUUUGAAGGAUACUUAAUUCCAAGAGGUUGGAAGGUUCUGCCUCUUUUCAGAAGCAUUCAUCACUCUGCAGAUUUCUUCCCUCAACCCGAAAAAUUUGAUCCUUCAAGAUUCGAGGUGCCACCUAGACCUAACACCUACAUGCCUUUUGGCAAUGGAGUCCAUUCUUGUCCAGGCAGUGAACUAGCCAAGCUUGAGAUGUUCAUUCUUAUUCACCAUCUCACCAUCACUUACAGGUGGCAAGCUAUGGAAGAGGAGGAUGGAAUACAGUAUGGCCCUUUCCCUGUGCCCAAGAAGGGAUUGCCUAUAAGGGUAACUCCAAGGCCAAUGAGCAGACUGGCUAUCUGAAUCUGACUAAGAAAGAUACUAAAAACUCUUCAUUGUUCAAUGGAGCCAAAAGCAACACCAUAUCCCCUUGAGGAGUUCCUUUCUUAGUUUGUUUUCGGUCAGUCCAAUUUGUUCUAAAAUCCUUUGUUUUCUUUUUUAAACAAUUGGGCAGUGGGUCUUGUCUAGUUUUUCAGUUAAGUGUAAGCUUGGGUUGGCAACAAGUCAAUGUCACAAAGCAUCAUGCAUAAUGCUCAAAUUCAUGUAACAUAUAGUGGAAGAAAAAGUUAUAAGGAAAAGAAAAAAAAAAAAAAAAAAGCAAAAAAAAGAAAAGUGAGUUUGAAUUGGUCCCUCUGUUGGGGGAUUGUUAUUAUGGGUUCGAGUAUUUUGAGGAUCAAAUUUGUAAGGCAAUGAAUGUGAAACAAGUAGCUAUCUAUGUUCAUAGA